GCUAGAGUCUCUUAGUUACUUCACUACUAUUUAAUACAUCGAGCGUCCCCCGACUCUACCCGCCUCUUCAAUUUCAUACCCCGGACGCACACAAGCAGGAGCUUCUUCCUUCGUUUUGUCUCUUGCUAUAACCCUCGUUGUUAGCAUUGAAGAACUUUUGAUACUGUCGCUUCUGGCAUUUACCACCCCCACAGCAACAACAUCAUGUACUUCUCCAAGACUGCUGUUGCGUUGGCUGCGGUGCUGCCCUUGGCCACCGCGCAGACCUACACAGACUGUGACCCUCUCAACAAGACCUGCCCUGCUGAUACGGCUUUGAGCUCCACCACCUUCACCACUGAUUUCACCACUGGCUCUUUCAGUGGCUGGAUUGCUACCGCCAACAAUGUCACCUUUACCGAUGAGGGUGCCAACUUCGUCAUCAGCGAGAAGGGUGAAGCUCCCACCAUUGAGACCGAUUUCUACUUCUUCUUCGGCAAGGCCGAGGUUGUCAUGAAGGCCGCCAGUGGUACCGGUAUCUGCAGCAGUGUUGUCCUGGAGUCGGAUGAUCUCGACGAGAUUGACUGGGAAGCUCUUGGUGGUGACACCACUCAGAUUGAGACCAACUACUUCGGCAAGGGUGACACAUCCUCCUACGACCGUGCUACCUGGGCAACCGUGUCGACCCCCCAGGAGACCUUCCACACCUACACCGUUGAGUGGACUGAAUCUGCCACUACCUGGAGCAUCGACGGCACUGUCGUGCGCACCCUUGCCUACAGCGAUGCCCAGAGCGGUACUCGCUACCCCCAGACUCCCAUGCGCUUGAAGCUUGGUAUCUGGGCUGCUGGUGACUCCUCUGAGCCCGAGGGUACCAUCGAGUGGGCCGGUGGUGAGACUGACUACUCCGACGGUCCCUUCACCAUGACUGUCAAGUCUGUCAGCAUCACCAACUAUAACCCUGGCUCCUCCUACACCUACUCCGACAAGACCGGUGACUACACCAGCAUUGUCGUCAACAACGGUACCUCCAGCUCUAGCGUCAGCUCCACCACCGGCUCGACCUCCAGCUCUACCUCCAGCUCCACCAGCUCCUCCUCCAGCUCUACCUCCAGCUCUGGCUCUACCUCCAGCUCUGGCUCUACCUCCAGCUCUGGCUCUACCUCCAGCUCUGGCUCUACCUCCAGCUCCGGCUCCAGCACCAGCUCUGGCUCCAGCACCAGCGCCUCCAGCGCCGCUGCCGCCGGCUCGUCCUCUGCCCUCAUUGGCUCUGGCUCCAGCACCAGCAGCGGCUCCUCCGCCGCUGGCUCUGGCGCCGCCUCUGCUUCGGGCUCCGCCUCUGCUUCCUCCAGCGCUAGUGCCAGCGCCUCCCCCGUCUACACCGGUGCUGCCACCCAGGUCGGCGCCUCCACCAGUGUUCUCUUCGCUGGUCUCCUCGCCGCCCUUUUGUAAAUUUACCCCUCCUCAUCUUCGACGAUAUGAUCAUUAUCAGUCCUUGAUGCAACCUUUUCACUUCUCUUUCUGGGUCGUUUGGAAACUUACGCCCACCCUUUCCCCUGCUUUCACUGCAUAGCUUAUUUGGAACCGUUGGAAGUACAUAUUAUCUGAGAGGAGUUGUCUGUUGGCGUUCCUCACCCCCACCGGCCAUCAGACAGAAAGUCUUUCCUGCUACUACCCUAUCACAAUACUAUUGCUACUAUUAUUGCCGUUGGUCUAUCUCGGAUUGAAUCUCUUGCUGACUUGUUCGCUCUUCUACGCGUCGAUAUUAACGAAAUGGGUCUUCUUUUUUGUCUUUCCCCGGACGUUCCUUUGCUGGAAAAAAUCAAAGACUUAAUUAG